AUGCGACGCACCGUCUGCCGCUGCGCGGUGCAGAACAUAUUGCACGACGUGCAGGCCGCCGCGGAGUCGCGCACGCUCGUGGCGACGUCCUCCUUCGCUCAGCGCCGCGCCUUCUUGAUGGCGCUGCACGACGAACUUCGCCGCAACAGCGACGUCAUCACCCGUGCCAAUCGCCGCGACUGUGAGGUCUUCGGUCAGCAGCAGCAGCAGCGCGGGACGCCGUCGGUCACCAUCCCGCCGACCAUACCGAGUGCUGCCGCCGCCACCGCCGUCGUCGUCCCCUCCCCGGCGGCUGGGCGUUCGAUGCCCUCGUCCUUUGGACGUUCAGAGGCCGCCUUUGGAGGGCCGAUGUCGACUGCGCACAGUCCUGGGAAGAGCACGUGGUCUGGCGCGGCAGCGGCCCCGUCACGCCCCCGUUCGUCUCUUGAGUACGUGGCGAGCACCACCGUGCGCAGCUCCCUUCGUUCUGCCGACACCUCCGCCGGUGUGGGUGAUACGGAAAGAUCGGGAGAGACGGGCUGCACCAUCCGCGGUGGCGGAAGUCCGAUGCAGGGUACAAAUGCCGCCCCCACCACUACCGCAGCAGAGACCAGUCGCUGUGCAAGCGACGACCACCCCUCUAGCGCAAUAGCAGCAGCAGCAGCAGCUGAGAGUACUCCCACUCAUCACGGCAACCACACGCAGCUGAACGAGGGUCAUGCAGCUCUCUUCUACAACUCCCCUCAUGCUCACGACAUGACGAGCCACUCCGCCUCUCACACAGAGGUAGGCGGCGGCGGGGGACACCUGCUCUUCACCCCGGACCACCACCUACUCAUCUCCCCACUGCGCCUUGACAAGCUGCACACCACCAUCGAUUAUCUGCUCUGCCAGCCCGACCCGAUUGCCGUGCCGCCGUCGUGCUGGUUGCACCCCUACGCCGAGCGCGGCAGCGGGGAGGCGAUGGAGAGCCAACGCGGCCACUCCGCGCAGGACUCGGCCGAUGUGGCAGAAGACGGUGACGACGGCCGUCGCAGCGGCCACCACCACCACCAGAGCGGCACGUCUCCGCAAUACGUGAAGGACGGGCUGGCGCCGCAGGCCCCGUACACCCGCUACGGCCGCUGCACUCGCCUGACGGAUCAGCUGGAGGUGUUCGAGCUGCCGGUGCCGCUGGGGAUGGUCGGCAUCCUUUCCCGCUUUCGCCCGCGUAUUUCUCUCGACGCAGUAGCGAUGGGGCUCUUCGCUGGCAACACCGUUCUCGUGGACGGCGGGGUGUCGCUCUACUACACGAACAUUGCGUUGAUGACGGUGGUGCGUCGCGCGCUGACCGCGGCCGGUCUCCCGGCCAAUGCGGUGGUGUCUGUCGAAGGCUACGACGCCGAGCACCGCAGUACGAGCGAGUGGCUGCAGCUUUCGGAGUACGUGGACCUGGCGGUGGUGUGCGGCCCACCGAAGCUUUACCAGUUUGCCUCGCGCCACUCCACCAUUCCACUGAUGCGCGCAACCGGCCAGUUCAGCAGCGUCUACGUCGAUCAAAGUGCCUCGUUUGAAGUGGCGCUGGAGGUGAUUUUGAACUCCAAAUUUCAAAAGCUGGGCGCGGCGAACGCCGUUACAACGGUCAUCGUGCACCGCGACUUCCCGCGCUACACGGAGCUGCUGAUGGCGCUCGCGGUGGGAGGGGCGGCGCUGCUGGGCGAUGCCGCGGCGCAGGAGCGCGUGCCGGACGCGGUGCGACAGCUGGCGAGUGAGGAGGAGUAUCAAGGACUCUCGCAGUACGGCGUGCGCGAUGGCACCCGCAUGCUGUGCGUCAAGACGGUCGAUUCGCUCGCUCAGGCCCUCUUCUUCACCGAGGCGUACGGGUCGAAGCAGAGUGACUGCGUCGUGGCCACCGACGCCGAGGUGUGUGCAACGUACUGCAGGCAAGUGGACACGGCGGUGACCCUCGUGAACGCGUCCACCCGUCUUGCCAGCGGCGUCCCGCUGGGCUGCGGGGUGGACUUCGCCAUCUCCACUUCCAAGGUGCACUGCCGCGGUCCGCUGACCCUCAACAUGAUGACGACGCGUAAGUUGGUCGCGCGGAGCCGUUCGAUGCACCGCGGCGCCCUGCGUUGA